AUGACGCAAAAGCACGACGGGACCAGUGUUUGUUCCAGUCAUCUUAGGGAAGAUGCUGUGGCUGAGAAAGUUGUUGCUGUUGUAGCUGAGAAAGAUGUUGCGCCAGAUACUGCAGGAGAUGGAAGAAAGUGCUCGAAGACUGUACACACUAAAAGCUUAUCUGACUGUUUGUCAAGAGUUAGUUCUGGCAUAGCUUGGGUUUUGGAGACUGCAUUCUUUAAAGUUGGCCUGUUUGUCGGAGAGUUUCCCAUCGUCACCAUUGUCACUAUGGUGAUAAUGUGUGGGCUGUGUGGGCUCGGCAUGAAAACUUUUCAUGAGACGGAGGAGCAAGAAAAACUGUGGGUACCUCAGACAUCGCGACUGAUCCCUGAGAAGGCUUGGGUUGACAGGACAUUCCCACAGGAGACUCGCUUUGUUUCGUUUCUUGCUGUCCAGCCAGAAGGCAAUAUUUUAAGCCCGGAUUCUCUCAAUGCUAUGAUGGACUAUUAUAUGGAGUCAGUCAACAUACGCGUCAACGGCAGAAGUUUUAUGGACAUGUGUGUCAGAGUUGGUCCAUUCUGUUAUGUGUCCUGUCUGCUAGAGCUAUGGCAGUACAAUGAAACCAUCAUUCGUUCUCUGACAGCCUUGGACAUAAUAACGAUGGUUAAUAGAACCGUUGUCAGCCCAGUUUCUGGAGUUGGUGUCCAAACACUUCUUGGUGGGGAACUGACCUACGAUGCUCAGGGUACGGUGCUUGCUGCAGAGGCCACGCAGAUCACUUGGGCACUGAAGAAAGAAUCGGAUAAUUCAGAUGCAGCAGAAUUUGAGAGGGUAAUGAUUGACAAGGCAUUGGGAGGCCACAAGAAUAUAUCUGGCACUUACGUCUAUGCUUCUCGCAGCUUUGAUGAUGAAGGGUACGGUGCCAUCAACAGUGACUACAAACUGCUCUUUGCAGGCUUCAGUAUUGUGUUUUUAUUCAUCUUGAUGUCCCUGGGCAAGUUCAACUUGAUGGAGCAGAAGAUCUACCUGUCUUUGACUGGAAUGGCUUGUGUUGGACUGGCAAUCUUGGCUGCGUAUGGUUUAGCCACAGGCUUUGGGGUCAUUUACAGUCCUAUUCAGUCCAUAAUGCCAUUUCUGCUGCUGGGCAUUGGUGUAGAUGACAUGUUUGUAAUCAUUGAAAGCUGGAAGAAUCUCACUCCAGAGGAAGUGAAACUAGAUGUGCCCAAAAAACUGGCUGUUACAUUGAGUAAAGCCGGGGUUUCUGUCACUGUGACCUCCCUGACUGACGUUGUUGCUUUUGGAAUCAGUGCCACCACCACAAUCCCUGCCCUGAGCUCAUUUUGCAUCUACGCCACCCUGGGUAUCUUCGUUCUGUAUGUUCUGGUUUCAACCAUGUUUGCUGGGGUUCUGGCCCUUGAUGAACGACGGAGACAAGCACACAGAGAUGCCUGCCUGUGCUGUUACAGACACAGUGAUAACUACACACCCAACAGAUGCGGCACUGGGAAAUCGUUUCUGCAGAUAGUUUUUGGCAGCUUAUAUGGGCCUUUCUUAACAAAGCUGCCAGUAAAGAUCAUUGUCAUUGCAGUGACAUUUUCUUUAGCAGCUUUGGGAUGUUGGAGGUUUGUUCAGAUGAAGCAGAAUUUUGAUCUGAUAAACUACAUACCAAGGACCUCGUAUGCUUAUACGUAUGCACGUACAAAACAGUCUUACUUUAAUAGAGAUGGAGUAGAUGCCACCAUCUAUUGUGGUGGUUUCAAUUACUUCGAAGAGAGGGACCACUUGAAAGAAAUGCAUUCCAGAAUCUCACAGAGCCACUUUGUCCAAAAGGGAACCAUUAAUUCUUGGAUUACGACUUUCACAACUAUAGCCCAGCAGUCAGGCUGGAAUAUAACAUCAGAGACACAGUUUUACAGCAGGCUUUACAGAUUUCUGCAGACUCCCACAGGGCAGAGAUUUGCUUCCUUUAUCAAGCUCAACUCUACCAGCGAGCCUGUCUCCGUGCUGGCUUCUUACAUCAACCUAAGACAUACUCGUCAGCCAGACUCUGCCCACGACGUCAUGUCUAUGGACAACAUACGGGACAUCAUAGACACCUCCGGGUUGCCCAGGUUUGGAGGCAAGGACAUGCCGGAGUAUAUGUGCUUUGCUUAUUCUAGGGACUACAUGACUUUUGAGACAAACAAGGUCCUCCAGGAGGAGUUGUAUCGUAACUUGGGAAUGUCUGCAGCGGCCGUGUUCCUGGUCACGCUGAUCUUGAUAGCCAACUUGUGGACAAGCCUGCUGGUCUUUGCCUGUGUAAUAUUUACAAUGGCUGACGUUGGUGGAGCCCUGGAGAUGUGGGGUGUAACCAUAGACACAGCCAGCAGCAUCCUGCUGACCCUGUCUGUUGGCCUGGCAGUCGACUACUCCGCUCACGUGGGCCACACUUUCAUGACUGUCAGUGGAUCUAAAAACGAUAGAGUGAUUGUAACCUUAAAGCUGAUUGGUCCAGCAGUGUUUAACGGAGGCUUCAGCACAUUUUUGGCCUUUGUUCUGUUAGCAGACAGCGCCAGUUAUGGAUUCCAGAUGUUUUUUAAAGUAUUCUUCACUGUUGUUGUGUUUGGCCUCUUUCAUGGCCUGGCUUUCCUGCCAGUGGUUCUCAGCUUAAUUGGAGCAGAGCCCUACACACACUCUGAUGAGGCACCCAGUAGUAUGUCCGUACUUGUGAACAAACCCAGCACAGAGAACAAUGAGAACCGUAUAUCAGAGCAGAAAGGAGAGUCACUUCCAGCAGGACACACUGAGGCCUCAGCCUCAAAUCUUCGUGAUCAGCCACCAAGAGCCUCAUCAGGAAAAAAUGCCUCACGA